GCAGCGUUCUGACGAGAGCGCGCAAUGCUAUCUUGAAGAAUACUAUUCGAAGAGCAAGAAGCGCCUCAGACUCUCCACGCGCUCCUGUAGCAGCAGGACAAUCUGAAGAUGAGCACAACGCUUACCUUCCCCGCUCUUCUCAUGCUGCUCUACUUUCCCAGCUCAGAUCCUGUUACUGUGACGACAAGCAAAGCCAAAGUGGAGGUACACGAAAACACAAAUGCUGUCCUGUCCUGUGAGUUCAGGACAGAGAAAGAAACCAACCCACGAGUUGAAUGGAAGAAAAGAGGCAAAGAUGUUUCAUAUGUUUAUUUUGAUGGGGAUUUUACAGGUUCAUUUAAGGGCCGUGCAUCCAUCGACGGAGCGACAAUGACCCUCCGUGGUGUUACACAGAAAGACUCAGGAGUGUAUCAUUGCGAAGUCACAGCCCGUCAGGACAAAAUCAAGCUGGGGGAGGUCACUGUAAUCCUCAAUGUGCUUGUGCCACCGCAUGCGCCAUCAUGUGAGGUCCCAGAAACAGUCAUGAGAGGAUUUUCUGCAGAGCUCCGCUGUAAAGACAAACUGAGUGUUCCUGCUGCCACCUACAGCUGGUACAAAGACAACAAACCGCUUCACGCUGCCACUCUCCAUGAAAUCAACUACACCCUGGACCCCAAAACUGGGACUCUGAAGUUCAAGGCGGUGUCAAAAUCUGAUGAGGGUCAGUAUCGAUGCGAGGCCUCGAAUGGCGUGGGAGCACCCAAAAGUUGUGCAGGACAGCAUAUGAAGAUAACUGAAUUUGAGCUGAACAUGACAAUAGUUAUAGCCAUAGAGGUGGGAGCGUUCCUGUUCCUCCUCUCAUGCUGUGUUGCCAUCUGUCUGUGCUGCAGAAGAGGGUGCUGUCGUUGCUGCUGCAGUGAGUACCAUUUAGUCAAACACAACCUAAAGAGGCUAUUUAACUUUGAACGCUAACAUUAAUCUCAAAUUU